AUGCCAGAGCCGUAAAGAAAAUCCAAGAUCACAGCCUCACGCAAACUCUUGUUGAAGAGUUUGAUGCUGGCAAAAGCGAAGGAGGAGUGGGAUCAGGAGAUUGUGGACAAGCAGGCAGAGAAGGAAAGAUAUCUGUCUGAGCGGGUCACACCGCUGCACACCAGUGGGCUUUCCUUGAGCCAGCUCCAGGACCUGUGCAGGGAGUUGCACGAGAAGGUUGAAAUUGUGGAUGAAGAGAGAUACGACAUUGAAGCGAAAUGCAACCAUAACACUCGGGAGAUUAAAGAUCUGAAAAUCAAAGUUCUCGACCUCCGAGGAAAGUUCAAGCGACCCCCGCUGCGGCGAGUCCGCGUCUCCGCCGAUGCCAUGCUGCGGGCUCUGCUGGGCUCCAAGCACAAGGUGUCCAUGGAUCUCAGAGCCAACCUGAAGUCUGUCAAGAAGGAGGACACGGAGAAGGAGCGCCCCGUGGAAGUGGGCGACUGGCGCAAGAACGUGGAGGCCAUGUCAGGGAUGGAGGGGCGAAAGAAGAUGUUCGAUGCUGCCAAGUCCCCCACGGGCCAGUGA